AUGGAAGAUAAAGAGCAGCAAGACAAUGCGAAACUUGAAAACAAUGAGUCACUAAAAGAUCUGGGAGUUAACGUGCUUUCCCAAAGCAGUUUGGAGGAAAAAAUAGCUAAUGAUGUAACUAACUUUAGCAACCUACAAUCGCUGCAGCAAGAAGAGACUCGUCUAGAACGGAGUAAGACCGCUCUGCAACGUUAUGUCAAUAAGAAGAAUCAUCUCACAAGGAAGUUGAACAAUACCACUAGGAUAUCUGUUAAGCAGAAUCUCCGAGACCAGAUCAAGAACUUACAAUCAGACGAUAUUGAACGAGUUCUGAAGGACAUAGACGAUAUCCAAUCAAGGAUUAAAGAGUUGAAAGAGCAGGUAGAUCAAGGUGCUGAAAAUAAAGGUUCCAAAGAGGGGCUGCAGAGACCCGGUGAAACUGAGAAGGAGUUUUUAAUCAGGACUGGUAAGAUCACUGCAUUUGGACACAAGGCUGGUUUCAGCUUGGACACUGCAAACAGAGAGUAUGCCAAGAAUGACGAACAAAAAGAUGAGGAUUUUGAAAUGGCAACAGAACAAAUGGUAGAAAAUUUAACGGAUGAGGAUGACAAUCUCAGCGAUCAAGACUAUCAAAUGAGUGGUAAAGAGAGUGAAGAUGACGAAGAAGAAGAAAAUGACGAUAAAAUUCUCAAAGAACUGGAAGACCUGCGGUUCAGAGGCCAACCUGGUGAGGCGAAGGAUGAUGGGGACGAGUUGUAUUAUCAAGAAAGGUUAAAAAAAUGGGUGAAACAACGUUCUUGCGGUAGUCAAAGGUCAUCGGACUUGCCAGAAUGGCGAAGACCUCAUCCGAAUAUUCCCGACGCAAAACUUAAUAGCCAGUUCAAAAUACCCGGUGAAAUAUACUCGCUGUUAUUUAAUUACCAAAAGACGUGCGUUCAGUGGCUCUAUGAGCUUUACCAGCAGAACUGUGGCGGUAUUAUUGGUGACGAAAUGGGUCUGGGAAAAACGAUUCAAGUUAUCGCAUUUAUCGCAGCGUUGCAUCAUUCAGGUCUAUUAACAGGCCCUGUAUUAAUUGUCUGUCCUGCAACUGUGAUGAAGCAAUGGUGUAAUGAGUUCCAGCAUUGGUGGCCUCCAUUGAGGACGGUCAUAUUGCACUCAAUGGGUUCAGGAAUGGCUUCUGACCAAAAAUUUAAGAUGGAUGAAAACGAUCUAGAGAACUUGAUAAUGAAUUCAAAGCCAAGUGAUUUUUCUUACGAGGAUUGGAAGAACUCAACAAGGACAAAGAAGGCAUUGGAAUCAAGCUAUCAUUUAGAUAAGUUGAUAGAUAAAGUCGUUACUGAUGGGCACAUUUUAAUUACCACGUACGUUGGGUUAAGAAUACAUUCAGAUAAGCUACUAAAAGUUAAAUGGCAGUAUGCUGUUUUAGAUGAGGGACAUAAGAUUAGAAACCCAGAUUCGGAGAUUUCAUUGACUUGCAAAAAACUGAAGACACAUAAUAGGAUCAUUCUUUCAGGAACACCGAUACAGAAUAAUUUAACCGAGCUUUGGUCGCUUUUUGAUUUCAUUUUCCCUGGUAAAUUAGGAACUCUACCUGUGUUUCAACAACAGUUUGUCAUACCUAUAAAUAUUGGUGGUUAUGCAAACGCAACAAACAUACAAGUUCAGACCGGCUACAAAUGUGCUGUUGCAUUGCGUGACUUGAUUUCACCGUACCUGUUACGUCGUGUGAAAGCUGAUGUUGCAAAAGAUCUGCCACAAAAGAAAGAAAUGGUUCUCUUUUGUAAGCUUACGAAAUAUCAAAGAAGCAAAUAUUUGGAGUUUCUGCAUUCUUCAGAUUUAAACCAAAUACAAAACGGUAAGAGAAAUGUUCUAUUUGGUAUCGACAUUCUAAGGAAAAUAUGUAAUCACCCCGAUUUACUUGACAGAGAUACAAAGAGACAUAAUCCAGAUUACGGUGAUCCUAAAAGAUCCGGAAAAAUGCAGGUUGUCAAGCAAUUAUUAUUACUGUGGCAUAAGCAGGGCUAUAAAGCCCUACUCUUCACUCAAUCGAGACAAAUGCUCGAUAUUCUAGAGGAGUUUAUAUCAACGAAAGAUCCCGAUUUAUCACAUUUGAACUACCUACGAAUGGAUGGGACAACUAAUAUCAAAGGGAGACAGUCGUUAGUUGACCGGUUUAACAAUGAAUCUUUCGAUGUAUUCUUACUAACCACAAGAGUUGGGGGGCUAGGUGUUAAUUUAACCGGUGCUAAUAGAAUUAUCAUUUUUGAUCCAGACUGGAACCCAUCUACUGACAUGCAAGCUCGAGAAAGGGCAUGGAGGAUUGGGCAGAAAAGAGAGGUAUCAAUAUAUAGGUUGAUGGUAGGAGGUUCAAUAGAGGAGAAGAUUUAUCAUAGACAAAUAUUCAAACAAUUCUUAACCAACAGGAUUUUGACUGAUCCUAAGCAGAAACGAUUUUUCAAAAUUCACGAACUCCAUGAUCUGUUUUCACUGGGGGGUGAAAACGGUUAUUCUACAGAAGAAUUGAACGAAGAAGUUCAAAAACAUACCGAAAAUUUAAAAAAUUCCAAAUCAGAGGAAAGUGACGAUUUUGAACAACUGGUCAACCUAUCUGGCGUAUCUAAACUAGAAAGCUUUUAUAACGGUAAGGAAAAAAAAGAGAAUAGUAAAACAGAGGAUGAUAGAUUAAUCGAAGGGUUGCUAGGAGGAGAGAGCAAUUUAGAAACCGUUAUGAGUCAUGAUUCGGUUGUCAAUUCGCACGCGGGCAGUUCUUCUUCGAAUAUAAUUACAAAAGAGGCUUCCAGAGUAGCGAUUGAGGCGGUUAAUGCGCUAAGGAAAUCGAGAAAAAAGAUCACUAAGCAAUAUGAAAUUGGGACACCUACUUGGACAGGUAGGUUUGGUAAAGCAGGUAAAAUUAGAAAGAGAGAUCCGUUGAAAAAUAAAUUAACUGGAUCAGCUGCCAUUUUAGGCAAUAUUACAAAAUCACAAAAAGAGGCAUCCAAGGAAGCUCGCCAAGAAAAUUACGACGAUGGUAUAACCUUCGCAAGAUCCAAGGAAAUCAAUUCCAAUACCAAAACGCUAGAAAAUAUUCGGGCAUAUUUACAGAAACAGAAUAACUUUUUCUCAUCUAGUGUUAGCAUACUUAACAGCAUUGGCGUCAGUCUUUCUGAUAAAGAAGACGUUAUUAAGGUUAGAGCAUUAUUAAAAACCAUAGCACAGUUUGAUAAAGAGCGUAAAGGGUGGGUGCUUGAUGAAGAAUUUAGGAAUAACAAUGCUUCAUGA